GUGCUCAUGACAUCAACAGCUGACGGCAACAAGACGGCUCUGCUCGCUCAUUACUCGCCAUUCCCUUUUUUCUUUCGUCUGUUUUUCCUCCGUUUUUCAUCCUAUCUUCGCUCCUAAAAAGCACAAAACCUAAAAAAAACAGGUCGAAGCGCGAAGCUCCAGCCGCCGAGGCCUCAUCAUUGAGCGCGAUGUCGAACCGUCUCGCCUUCCAGACUCAGCUCGCCUCCAUCAUGGAGGUGCUGGCGAACGCGGCGGUGGCGGAGAUCUGUAAGCUCGUAGACGACGACUACGCGGUGAUGAGUCUGCAGAUGUCUCAGUGCCAGCGGGAGAACAAGGCGCUGAAGAGAAAGCUGCAUCUGCUGGAGCUGCGGAUGGCGCGGGGCUACGCGGAGAGGAGGAUCCGGGAAAGCUCGCUGAACCGCUCCAGCCGAGUGCAAGUGAGCGCCAGCCUGCCGGACAAAUACAGGGAAUACAGGGCUCCUGCUGGCGAUAUUUUUCCGAGUCAGGAGGAGCUCUAUGGGAGGCCGCUGAAUGAUGAUCUGUGGAGAGAGAGGGAAUCGUCUGGGACAGACGUGGCGAUCGGUCGUCCCGUCAUCAAGGACAGCGAGAAUGUGGUUGGAGAUGCUGGCAUGACUGGACCAGACGCUGUGCUUGUGAAGGCUGAGACUGAUGAGAGCCAAAAGCGACAGGAGCUGUUCAUCCGAGAAGAUGGAGUGGCUGAAGCUGUGUCUGAGAGUGGGGAGGCAGGUUUCAGCGCUGUUCAGGUGGAAAAAGCUGAAGGUCACCACUCCAGGACACGCCGCCAGGCUUUGGAGCCUCAAACGACAGAAGAUGAAGAGCCAGAUGUGCUGUUCAUUAAGGAGGAGCUUUCAGAACAAGAGGGCAGAGAGAGCCAAAAACAUGGAGGUACAAGUGAGCAAAAUGGAUUUGUGGAGUCCAGCACUGAUAUUUGUGGAAGCAGAGUCCCUUCCUCACCUGCGCAAAUCACAGUAGCCCUUGGUGCUGAAGAGUCUGACGUGUUGGAUGCAUCCCUUGUGAAAGAAGACAGACCAGAAAAGGAACAGAAGACCCUCUCCAGUCAGUCUGCAGGAGUCCAGAUUACCAUACAGAGUGUGGUAGGUUCUCAGCCUCCUGGCUCCCUACAUUCUCGUGAGCCUGGUCUCCCACACAGAGCAGCAGCACCAAUAGGAGUCAAGGUGUGGGAUCUGCCCAGCGCUGAGUCUCAACUGCAGGGGGCAGUUGAGAACAAUAACAACCCCCUUUCAAACCAGAGCACACAACGAAGAAAAAUGUCGAUGACAGUUGACGUGCUGGGGACAAAUAAUACCCUGUAUGAGAGACCUGGAGAGGUGGAGACUCUCUUCACACGGUGGACUGCAAAUAAUUCCUCUGAUAGUCAGCCAUCCUGUUCUUACAUUGUGGAAGCAGACCAAGACCAGGACUGUGUGCUGGUGCAGCCGACAGCCCUGUCUGUCAGGGGGAUGCCGGAGGGCCUGGAUGGGCUUCAAGAUGCUGGAGGGCCUCUCGGAACAGAGCCAGAAUGGACCACAGCUGCCAUUUCACACCAAACCCAGUCUCAGCAGUUGAGUCACUACAAUAGGACAGAAGGGGUUCGAUUAGAGGCAACAAACAGAGCAAAUAUCACUCCAUCCAUUCCAAAGAUCACCAUGAAUUCCCAAAUGCUGCCAAAUUUCACCCAACCUGGAUUUUCUCUCGCUGCGCUACAACUUCCUAAGCGAAUGGAGAAGGGCAAGAGGAAGAGUUACAUCUGUAAGUACUGUGGAAAGGCUUUCACUGGGCUGUCCAAUGUGGAGGCUCAUCAGCGGGUCCACACAGGAGAGAAGCCUUUCAAGUGUGAGACUUGUGGAAAGCUCUUUGCAGAGGCGGGAAACCUGAAGAAGCACCAGAGAGUUCACACAGGAGAGAAACCGUUUACCUGCACCCGCUGUGGCAAACGCUUUGCCUGGAUCUGCAACCUCAGGACACAUCAGCAGUCGGCUUCCUGUGGAGGAGUUUAAAGCCAAAAUUUGAUGAAAACUUUGGAGUAGGGCACAUUUUGUUUUAUAAUCUUAGUCUGAAAUUUUUGUAGUUCAUGAGAGUUGUGAUACAGGUAGAGUGAAUUUGAUGAUAAAACUGGGUGUGGGAGUGAUGAAUCAGAGUGACCUGGGUCUUGCUGUUUUUCCCAAAUCAAGUGGUGCUUCUCUACAUAUGAGUUUGGUGCCUUAUAGUAGAAAUGUCCAUACCUUUUAAUAAUGCUAUGAACAACCCUUCCACAACUGUACCAUAUACCUCACUGACCGCUCAACUGGCCGCAAACUUCAACUGUGAACCUGUUAAUUCUCAGAAAUGACAAUUCCGUUCUACCUCCUGACCUCUUUUGUAGACAAAAACAAAGCAAUAUCUUUGGAAGAAAUGUCAGAAUAUUUGGUUGUGGUUAAUCACACAAACAUUUAUAACAGUGUUAUAACAGCAUGUCCAUUGACUGAAGACGACCUCCAAUCCAUUCUGCCCUGAAUGAGGGUAAGUGUACAUUGUCUCAGAGUAAAACAGUGGAAUGCAAAUCAG